AUGCUGCACCACCGCAAUUUUGCAGCGAAGCCAGAGGUCCCAGUGUUGGAAGGGUGGGGACGCAUGCAUGGGCCCGUCCGUCCCGAACCAAUCACUAGGCGCAGCCGCCGCCUCUGUACCCCCGUGUGGAGACCUCCAAUUGAAUGUCCCAGGUCCGCCUCCACCCAGCUCAUCUCGUCGGCUGCACUGCGCUCCAUUGCCGAGAUCAAAUAUCGCGACGCCGAAAAAGCUGUCGCGACGUCAACCAGGGCAAGCCCACUCCUCGCCCGCCUCCAUACCCACCCCAGUGUCCAUCCGUGCCAGCGGACGGCGCGCCGGCGCCAGCGGACGUUCCCUGCGCGAACCCUUUCCAGCCUUGCUUGGGCAGGGCAUCCCACGCUGGACCACGCUGGCACGUGGGAGCUGCUAGCACGUCUCCCCGAGCAAUACUACGGCCCCCAGGGCGGGAAGCCAUCUCGACGGUCACGUCAGUGACUAAGACUAAAAGUGACUAACUAAUAACUAGCUAAAGCG